GAAUCAAGUACAACCGGAAGUAUGCCAAAUCACAUGAUAAUUUACUGACGAACUUCCACAAUGGCAGGAGGAUUAGAAAGAGCACGGAAAUUGCCCAAAAUUGUGGACACGGAGAAUGAGUCCAAAUUUGGUUACGUGUUUGCCGUAUCUGGUCCUGUGGUCACAGCACAGCAGAUGGCUGGAGCUGCUAUGUACGAGUUGGUACGUGUGGGACAUUCCGAGCUGGUAGGGGAGAUCAUUCGAUUGGAGGGGGAUAUGGCUACCAUCCAAGUAUACGAGGAUACAUCUGGUGUUACUGUGGGUGACCCGGUGCUAAGGACAGGCAAACCUCUGUCUGUAGAACUGGGGCCAGGUAUCAUGGGUUCCAUCUUUGACGGUAUUCAGCGUCCCCUAGAGGAGAUCAACAAAUUAACACAGAGUAUCUACAUUCCAAAGGGUAUCAACACCCCAGCUCUGGACAGACAGAAAAAGUGGGAAUUUGAACCUUAUGGCAGCAUCAGGGUUGGGAGUCACGUAACAGGAGGAGAUGUGUAUGGAAUGGUGUACGAGAACAUCCUGGUCAAACACAAAAUCAUGCUCCCCCCUAAAGCUAGAGGGACAGUCACCUGGAUAGCUGACCCCGGGGAGUACGAUGUCAAUGAUGUGGUGUUGGAGACAGAGUUUGACGGAGAGAAGUCCAAGUUCACCAUGUUACAGGUGUGGCCUGUCCGUCAGUUACGACCAGUGACGGAGAAACUGGCCGGAAACCACCCCCUGCUGACAGGACAGAGGGUGCUGGAUGCUCUGUUUCCCUGUGUGCAGGGUGGAACCACCGCUAUCCCCGGGGCUUUUGGCUGUGGUAAAACUGUGAUCUCACAAUCCUUGUCCAAGUUCUCCAACAGUGAUGUCAUUAUUUAUGUGGGUUGUGGAGAAAGAGGAAAUGAAAUGUCUGAAGUAUUGAGAGAUUUCCCAGAGCUGACAAUGGAAGUGGAUGGUAAACCUGAGAGUAUCAUGAAGAGAACGUCAUUAGUAGCGAACACAUCUAACAUGCCUGUGGCUGCCAGAGAGGCCUCCAUUUACACGGGUAUUACACUGUCUGAGUAUUUCCGUGAUAUGGGUUACAAUGUGUCUAUGAUGGCUGAUUCCACAUCUCGAUGGGCAGAGGCUUUGAGAGAAAUCUCUGGUCGUCUGGCUGAAAUGCCUGCUGAUUCGGGUUAUCCUGCCUACCUCGGAGCUCGCUUAGCUUCCUUCUACGAACGUGCAGGUCGUGUCAAGUGUAUCGGAAAUCCUGAAAGAGAGGGCAGUGUCAGCAUUGUUGGAGCUGUGUCUCCCCCUGGUGGUGACUUCUCUGACCCUGUAACCUCAGCCACCCUGGGUAUUGUACAGGUGUUCUGGGGUCUGGAGAAAAAGUUGGCCCAGAGAAAGCACUUCCCUGCCAUUAACUGGCUCAUCUCCUACAGCAAGUACACAUGGGCUCUAGAGGAAUUCUGUGACAAAAACUUCCCCGACUUCACUCCCCUCAGAACAAAGUGCAAAGAAAUUCUGCAGGAAGAGGAAGAUCUGUCUGAAAUCGUACAACUGGUCGGCAAGGGUUCACUAGCAGAGGCAGACAAGAUCACUCUGGAGGUGGCUAAAUUGAUCAAGGAUGAUUUCUUACAACAGAAUGGUUACACACCUUAUGACAGAUUCUGUCCCUUCUAUAAGACUGUGGGUAUGCUGAAAAACAUCAUUGCAUUCUAUGACAUGGCCAGGCAUUCAGUGGAGAGUACAGCACAAAGCGAGAACAAAAUCACAUGGGCCAUUAUCAGAGAUCAAAUGAACGACAUCAUCUAUAAGCUCAGCAGCAUGAAAUUCAAGGAUCCAGUUAAAGAUGGAGAGAAGAAGAUUAAGCAGGAUUAUGAUGAUUUACAUGAAGAAAUGCAGACAGCAUUCCGUAAUCUGGAGGACUAAUUACUGUUAUAGAUUAAAUUAUUCCAAUUAAUAGAAAACAAAGACACUAUUGUUUAUGUGGAAAUGUAGAAAAAUCAGUGAAAUGUUGCAGGAAUCAGUAUUCUAGUCAAAUUAAAUUAGAUUUUUUUUGCUUCCAUGACAGCAGUCAAUUUCAUCAGGACCUGCAAUAGUACAUGUUUAUGUAUAUUAUAAGUUAUAGUCCCUGGUCUGUUCAACUUUUAAAAGUAAAGGAUCCAUGAAUCCAGAGAGCCAAUCCAUUGUCUCAAAGUUACUGAAUACAGCUUUGACUGUGUUAUACAUGUACAUCACAUACUAGCUGCUGGGUAAAGCCAAACUGUCGACAUAAUGUAUUAUUGGGCAUUUGGUUACAUUUUGAAAUCUACAGUGUAUAAAUUUAUGAAAUAUUCAGUUAGAGUGUUAAGGAUAAUCUUGCUGGUGAUGACCAUUUAUUUUCUAGACAAAUCAUUCCAUAUGUUAUACUUGUGUAUAUGAAAUAGUGCUGUGUGAAUUUAUAGAUUUUAUUUUGUAGACUGGAGACUUGUCAAUUAAUGAACAAAUAUUUCUUUAAACGCAUCUAAGUUUCAUAUUUUUGUUCCAUUUUUCUGCAUCAACUGUACAGAUUGACUAUUGAUGAUAGAGGUUGAGUCUUUAUAUAUUUGGUUAUUUAAUACAGUUGUAAUUUCUAAAUUUGUAUUUAACAUUUGUGAUAUGAUACAGAAUAUUUUGGAUGAAUUAUGAUAUUUGAGGGUACUAUACAAAUCUUGUUUUUAACAUAUAUACAGUUUAUGUGAUAGCCCUGUAAAAAUUGAAACUUGUACUGUAGCUCCAUUUAUUGUACACACUUUCACAAUACAUUACUAAUCUUUAUACAUCUCUACAUGUUAACCAAGAAAAUAAAAUGAAUAUGCAGAUUC